CACUCCCACACCUUAACCCCACAACACAACCAUAUCAACGUACUUCUCUGAUUAGAGAGGCACUUGGCAAUAAUGGCUUCAUCAUGCAUGAGCUUGCGGGUGUCUGUGCUGGUGCUGCUCCUGCUGGGCACUGCAAAUGCACAGCUUUCCACCAACUUCUACUCGUCUUCUUGCCCUAAACUCCUUCCCACUGUCAAGUCCGCCGUCCAGUCUGCCGUUUCCAAGGAAGCCCGCAUGGGUGCUUCUCUUCUUCGCCUCUUCUUCCACGAUUGCUUCGUCAAUGGAUGUGACGGUUCCCUUCUUCUGGAUGACACGUCAAGCUUCACCGGCGAGAAGAAUGCCAUCCCCAACAGGAACUCAGCUCGCGGAUUCGAAGUCAUCGACACCAUCAAGUCGGCAGUGGAGCAGGUGUGCCCCGGAGUCGUAUCCUGCGCCGACAUCCUAGCCAUCACCGCCAGAGACUCCGUCACCAUCCUUGGAGGCCCUACAUGGAACGUGAAACUGGGAAGAAGAGACGCUAAAACCGCUAGCCUUUCUGCUGCAAACACUGGCAUCCCUGCUCCCACUUCUAGCCUCGCCCAGCUCAUCUCAAGGUUCUCCGCUCUCGGCCUUUCCAACAAAGACUUGGUCGCCUUGUCUGGAGCUCACACAAUUGGACAGGCGAGGUGCACGAAUUUCAGGGCCAGAAUCUACAACGAGACCAACAUAGACAGCAGCUUCGCUAAGACGAGGCAAUCGAGCUGCCCGAGCACAUCGGGUUCGGGAGACAACAACCUGGCUCCUCUGGAUCUGCAGACUCCCACAGCCUUCGACAACAACUACUUCAAGAACCUGCUUCAGAACAAGGGCCUCCUCCACUCCGACCAGCAGCUCUUCAAUGGCGGCUCCGCUGAUUCCACCGUGCGAGGCUACAGCAGCAACCCCCGCUCUUUCGCUUCUGAUUUUGCGGCCGCCAUGAUCAGGAUGGGAGACAUCAGUCCCCUCACCGGCUCCAACGGUGAGAUCAGGAAGAAUUGUAGGAAGAUCAACUAAUUUACUAUGUUCCUGCUCCUCUUAUCAAUAUGUUGUUAUUUGCAUUUUCUUAAAAUUUUGUUUUGCUCUCUGCUCUUUUCUGUAAUGCCUAUUUUAUGUGCCUUAACAUAUGUAUAACAGCAGUGUUUUCCUCUUAUAGUUUAUAUGGUUGGUGUCUCCACAGUAUAUAUGGUGCUUUUCGUGUUA